CACCACAGCCUACAGAUGGCGAUGUUAGCCAUCAAGUAAGUAGAACGAAGAAAAUAAAACAUCGCGAGAUAUUGGGACAAACUUCAAAAUAACGCGGGAUAAGGACAGUAAAGGCUUCACAGCCUGAUUUAGGUUAAAUCAAUUUUUAAAUUAUACAUCCACUUCAUUAGCCGCUUCAUUAUUUUAGACGUUCGCACAAAGUUGUCCUUUUUUGCUUCUCGUUUUCUGUGCGUGAUUGUCGGAGAGUACCUGCCGUCAAGCUAACAGUUUGCCUGAAGUUUACGUCCCUUCCAAAUGGAUUCAACCGAAGAUUUGUCUGCUCGGGUCCUUAUAAAACACAUCCUAAACGUCGAGCCACCCAGGACUCCUUUAACACGCAGUGUUGCAGCCAAAAACAGUGCACCCAGACGCAGUGGUAGACUAAACACGAAUGACCCGGGCGCGCACACUCCACAGGGGAUGCUUAGACGAAGUUUGAAGCACAAAAUGCGGGAGAGUAUUUCCCGUAAGACACUUCCCAACAAAAGAAGAACUACAUCUACUGUGUUAAAAAGAACUCCAGGUCAAGCGUCCAUGCUGUUUGAUGAUGGCGAUACACCGAGGCAAAUAUUCAAGAACAUUCUGCUUACUGAGCCUGUUAAAUCCCCUCUGGUUAAUGAGCAUGUUGAGCCACGGGAACAACUACUUCACCAGCCCUCUCCAGACUCCAGUCUACACAGCAGACGUCCUAGUAUUGAGCUCUCAGGACUGGAGCUUUCUGAUUUAACUAUUGGCAAUGUUGAAACUACUGUAAAAAGACUCAAUCGUAAGCGGCCCUAUCGUAGUCUAAAUGUUACUGCAUUUGAAAAGCGCCUUAAAGGAGUAAGAGAUGUAGCACAAGAAGAAUCAUUAGAUGAUCACUCUUCAUUAUCUUUGUCAAGCUCCACAUCACUCAGUCUUAAGACACCUUUUACUGAUGUUCGAACGGAGAGGAAAGCUCUACAGAGAAAAGGAUCCAACCGCAGAAAGGUCUCAGAAGAAGACUUUGGAGCAGCUGUAGAUAAAAGAGAAAUGGGAAACCAUGGCACAAGUAUUUUAGCCCCUACCCAUCUUGGUGAAACCACCUGCUCUGUGGGUUUUGCUUUGGGCCUAAGCAAAAUCAGUGAACCUGAUAUUACUACAGAUAUUGUCCACUGUAACACUGCGCUCUAUGCGCAAACUGAUGGCAUUAUGUCAAAUUAUCCAACACUUGCAACACAGGAUAAGCCCACAGUUAUGGCAUCUCGGUUUCAAAGUGACUUGCAGUUGGAUGUUCAUCAACAGCCCUAUUCAUUUCCAUUGGAAGAAAAUACUAUGGCAGAGGACCAGGACAGAAACCAGUCCUCAUCAGCUUACAAUGACAUACCUGAAGCCUUGGAUAAAAACACACCAUGCCAGUCUGAACUGGAGAAAAUGAAAGCAAUCCAGUCAUUUGUGGUUGGUGAUCUAGCAGAGUCGGAAACGGUGGACAAUAUAGAGGAUCACAGUUUUGGAGGGGGUAAUUCUCAAACAGGAACAGAAGAUGAUGCUGGAGCAGUGACAUUUUCUCAGAGUGGGGACAAAGCAAAUAUUCAGACUGAAAAUCAUAGUGGCAGUGAGGACGGUGAAGAGGCCAAAAAGGAGGAUCCUGCAACUGAAAAGCAAAGUCACCAAGUUUAUGAUGAAGAACCCAUGCAUGAGGAGGAGAUGCAAGAUGAAGAGGAAAGUGAGGAAGAGGUAGAGAAUGAAAAGGAAGAAAAUGAAACUGCAGAGAAAGGAGGUGAGAAAGAGGAGGGUGAUGAGGAGGUGGAGCAGGCAGAACCUGACAUGGGUGGUGUUGAAGAGGAGGCCGAAGAUUCUGUGGGGGACUCUGAGGGUGAUGAAGUGCUGAAGGCAGAUUCACAAGAGGAUGAAGAUGGAAAUUUGGAACACAUCUCUCAAAGAGCAGUAUGUACAGAUGGUGAACUGGUUAUGCCUACCCAAAAUACUGAUGCUGAUUUUCCAGUUGACACUAUACCUGAAAGUUUUAAUGAUAUGGCUGAACCCUCAGUCUACAAAGAUGAUGAUGCUGAAGUUGAAGCUGACCUCACUGAAAAUAAGGAAAACACGUUUCAGGAAAGUGAUCCACCAGAUGAAGUUGAACGGGUGGAAUACUUUGAGGAGGGGGGUGAGGAGGAGGAGGAAGAGGACUGUAAUGAAGAUUUCCCUGUCACGACACCUGCAUUUAUCAAAGAAAAGAGGAAUUUCUUAAAUUGUGAUCCACAGGCCUCACCUUUCACUUCCAAGAAUAUUCAGCCUAGUGGUGCAGGUCCAAAGUCUAAACAAAAAGGCCAGAGGAAACCUAGAUCUCUAAAGAGUGAUGCAGGCCUCCCCAAAAGCUACCUGAUGAAUGUGUUUAAGCAUUUUACCAAAACAAAAGUCUCUGCAGAUGUCUACCCAGUUUUAAAAGAUGUAAUGGACAAGUUUUUUGACCGUCUUGCAAAAGACUUGGAGGCAUAUGCUCUACAUGCAAGGAGAUCAACAAUAGAUGUUGCAGAUUGUGAACUUUUACUAAGAAGACAGGGCCAUGUUAAUGAUAAGGUCCCAGUGGAAGUUCUCAUUGAAAAAUAUCUUCGCAUGGAUCAGCGUAAGAUUUUAAUACCAAUUGCAACAAGUGGGAAUGUAGUUUUCCCUAAAAGAAGAUAAACGUUUUCAUAUUGGCUGGGCUUGUAGAUUAAUUUUUUUUUUAUUGACUCAAGUUCUUUGUGUAUGUCUUUUUCAUUUGAAAUGUAUAUACUUGUACAAAUAAUUAAAGUUUAAAUACUACAAUA